AUGGUGUCCUUCGCCACCGUGUCGCGCAACCCUGCCGGGGCAAUCAAAUCAGUCAACUCCUCGAGAAUGCUGGCCAGCCCCUCGCCAGUGCCCAUUCUGAAAACUUCUAAAUUGAACAACACCGCGACGCCCGGAAGAAAACACUCAUUGGCCGAGAUGGAACUUUCGCUGUCCCCCUCGUCCUCUAUCGCGUCCGACGCUGGCGAUGUCACCCCCAGCCCCAAGAAGCGGGCUCGGGUUCAGUUUGAUAAAGAUGUGGAAAUGCGGGAAGUGUCUUGGAGUGGUCAGGAAAAAGAGAGUACCGGGACUGCGGAGAAGAGUGCGGCCGUGGUUCGCGAAGAGGUUCGCAGAGCCAUCCAGCGGCAUGUCUCGGGCGCGGACAGCGAAGCCUACGACCGCAUCAAGGAGAUCUUCUCGGUUGAUCCUCGCCGUCGGGACGAAGAUGGGUUGCUUUCUGAAGAUGUACCUACGCAUACCACAUUGAAGCACCACCUGAUGGGUCUGUUGUCAAAUGUCGCCUCGCUGGACCGCAGUUGCAAUGGUCUGGUCAACGCCGUCCUGAACAGUGAGUGGCUUGGGCGGGAUGGCUCGUAUAUCAAGCUGUACAUUCGAUUUCUAGGUAAUCUUGCGGCCGCGCAAGGAAGCUAUCUGGGCUCGGUUUUGAAGAUGCUGGCCAACCACCUGGGCGAGCUUCCUAAGGGGACAGGCAAGCUGCCCGGAUACGCCCCGGUCCAUGCGGCCGAGAUCUAUAGCAGAAUUCACACUGCCCUACGGCAUGUGAUGCAGUUGAUUCCGUCCGGUAGUGGGACGCUAUCACCAAUCCUAUCUAUGCAAUUCCCCUUCGAUACGGAUUCCGCCAAGGCCAAUAUUGCCUACACGCGGAAUCUGUUGAAGGUAAUCAGCUAUGCUCCUGAACUGCAGGCGGAUAUCCUUGCCCUCAUCACGGAGAAGCUUGUCAAGAUCGACGUCCAAAUCCAAAUAGAUAUGGAGGAUAUCGAGGACGAGGUAGGGGAGGAUGUUCUUCAUGCUGUCUCACCCGAAGCUACCAUGUUCGAGGAUGAGGACGACGACGAGGAUGACAACGCCUCCGUCGCCAGUGAUGAAUCCAUAGACGCCGAGUCACGGCGCGUAAAGAUCCUCAAAGAUAACAUUCUGAAACUGGAUGGCAUGAUUGACUCCUUGUUCGAGUACUACGCUCCUCCCUUCCGAUCGGGCACCUUGGACGACAAGGAGAAUGCCCUUGAUCUUCUUCUGAGCCAUUUCCAGAGUAUCAUCCUCCCGACAUACCGCUCGCGCCACUCCCAAUUCCUUCUGUUCCACUUCUCGCAGUCUUCACCGAUCCUCGUCGAUCGCUUUGCGGCCACCUGUGUCCAGCUCAUCUUCAACAAGAUGCAACCGGGAAUUUUGCGCCAGUCCGCCGCCGCCUACCUCGCCAGCUUUGUUGCACGCGGUGCGCACAUCUCUGGCGAGGUUGUUCGGGAUGUGUUUGAUCUCCUGGGCACGCAUCUGAACAAUCUCCGUCUGGACUACGAGGCUACCUGCCGGGGCCCUGAUCUGCGUCGCUACGGCCCUUUCUACUCCACCGCGCAGGCAUUACUCUAUAUCUUCUGCUUCCGUUGGCGAGACCUGACCACCGCGGCGGUUGAGGGCGAUACCCCAGAGCAGAUCGACGAGCUGGAACCGGAAGAGAUUGCCUUCCCUCCGUCGGUCAAGGAAGUGCUUCACCAGGCGAUCCACUCCAAGCUGAACCCGCUCAAGGUCUGCUCCCCGGCCAUCGUGUCGGAGUUCGCCCGCAUGGCGCAGCAUCUCAACUUUAUGUAUGUGUUCAGCAUCCUCGAGACCAACAAGCGGCUGCGCGUCUCGUCCUUCCGGAACAUCUCGGCGAUGGCGGACCCGCGCUUCAGCCAGAUCGAGCGCGAGACCCGCGCCGGCGAUGACCUCGGAUACCAGCUUGAUGCGUAUUUCCCCUUCGAUCCCUACCAAUUGCCUCGCAGCCGUCGGUGGCUCGAAAACGACUACGUUCAUUGGCAAGGGAUACCCGGGCUGGAUGACCAGGACGAUGAUGACUCGGACAGCGACCAGGACAGCGAGUUAGAAGACGAUCUCAGCGACGUGACCGAAACCGACGAAGAGGACUGA